AGACAAACUGCCUCACCAGCUGAGGAAAGCCACAAUGUGAUAGUAAAACAUGCACAAGGAAGAUAAGUUUCACAUCUGCAUCAUUUAAGCAGCAUUUAGCACACAGAGGAAGACCAGCAGUCACAGCAUGUUCAGCUUGGCUGAUGCAACUCAGCCAUGGACGUCACUGACUACUGCACACUUCUGCUUCUGCAUCACGUGACCAUCUUCCUCUUCCUAUUUCACUCACUCAGAGGUCAAAUUCAGGUGACUGGUCCGUCCCGACCAAUAGUGGCAACAGUCGGAGACGACACAAUCAUACCGUGCCAGCUGAAACCUGCUGUGAAUGCUUCUGGCAUGAGGCUGGAGUGGGCGAGACCUGACCUGAGCCCGGGGAUUGUACAUGUGAGGGCAAACGGUCAAGAAUAUGCAGCCCACCAACAGCCGUCAUACAGAGGGAGAACAUCAGUGUCCAUCAGCAACCUGCAGCAUGGAGACCUUUCACUGAAACUGUCCAAAGUGAAAGUCUCUGAUGAGGGCAUGUACAGAUGCCUUGUUCCAAGACUGGGUCUAGCUGUUUAUAUACAGCUUGUUGUUGGUGCCGUCUCCUCACCGGUUAUCCGUUUAAUGAACAAUUCCAGCAGAAGGGUGGUUCUCCAGUGUGAGUCUUCUGGCUGGUAUCCAGAGCCUGAGGUGUUGUGGCUGGACGGUGAGGGAAAGCUACUCUCUGCUGGACCUACAGAGACAGUCAGAGGUCCUGAUGACCUCUAUACUGUCAGCAGCAGAGUGACUGUGGAGAAGAGACACAGCAGCAGCUUCACCUGUAGAGUCCACCAGAAGGACACCAACCACACCAGAGAGACACACAUCACUGUUCCAGUCCUGUCGAGGUUUGUGAAAGGUGUCAUGGUUCCAGGUUUUUUCUGCAUCUUGCUGAGUAUUUAUUUAACAGCAUGGAGAAAGAGACCAGGUGGAGGGAAGGAACAGGAAACUGAGAAGAAAGAAUCAGCAGUGACGGAGAAUCAAACAUGACAAGAUCUUUGGACGGAGUGAGAACUGGAAGUGGAGCUUUUAAAAGUCUGAAAGAAAUCAGAGAACAGCUGUUAAAUGAAAUAACAAGCACUCUGUAAAAAUGUGAUAAGAAAAUGAGUAUUGCAUUAUAAAAGCUGAAUGGGAAAGGCAAAAUUAGAUUACUUAAUUGCUCAAAGAAGUUUUACACUCUGCUUAUAUGUACUCUUCUUUGAGUAUACAAUUAGUUUCUGUAUCCGGAUUGUAUGAAACACGGCCAACUCUAGCUGACAUGAAAGAACAAAUGAGAUCUUUCUCUCAUUUUUUUUUCUUGUAGAUGAGUUAGAUGGCCAAGGUGACUUGUUUUCUUCUUGGUUUAUGUCAAUACCUGUACUAAUACCUACAAAUUAUUACUUAUACCUACAGUUUCUAAUGGCAUUUGUAAUUACUAUGACCACCUCUAGUGUAGCAUCAAUUAGUAGUAGUUGUAACCAAAGAGGAAGUCAGGUAUAAAGAGCGAUAAAGGUCACAUAGGGACUAGGUCGUGGUGGACGGAUGAGUCCAGAGACGCAGGACUUUCACACAGGAGUCGAUGUAUAAAUGACUACAUCACAAACUUAUUUCAACACAAACCAUGAUUGUUUUUCUGAAAUCAAACCAAGUAGUUUUGGUGCCUAAACGUAACCAAGUUCAGUUUCACAUGAUUUGUAAAAAAGUAGGGGUGCACCGAUCGAUCGGUGCAACGGGCGAUUGGCCGAUUCCUCAAACCUCGAUACGUCAAACCGAUCUUUUUUUUCUUCUUGAACUAUUCGAUUUUUUAUGAAUUAAUGACUAUUUGAAUAUUCGAAAAUCGAUGCCCUCCCUAGUUCAGAACAAAAACCACUUUAUGGUUGCAGUUCUUUUGUUAGUUUGUCCUGUAAAUUGUUGCUAUUUAUUUUAAGUUCAAUAUUUUAUUAACUACCUCAGACAUUGUGUUUUCCUUUAUUUGUUAAAGAAAAAUACUGCUGUGUAAUUGUUUUUCAAUAUAAUAAGAUUCAAACAUUGAAGGUGUAUGCUAUGAGUUAUAAAAAAAUCGGUAUCGGCCAAAAUCGGAAUCGGCAGGUCAGGCUUUUUAAAAAUCGGUGAUCGGUGAUCGGCCAGAAAAUUGCAAUCGGUGCACCCCUAUAAAAAAGAUCAUAAGGACUGUUAUAUGAGGAUAUAUUGGGACAAAACAUGAUAAAGAACCUUAUAGGUGUAUUCCUCCAGUGGAGAAAAUACUGAUGACCUGACUGUACAUAAAUACAGUAUUAUGUAUAUAGUAAAGUGUAACAGAAAUGUAAUAUUAUGAAAUGUUUUAGUUUUGUUGCUUGCAGGGUCUCAACACACUUGGGAAUCUCUCUAUAUUGCACAUUAACCCCCUUCUGUGAACUUUUUAUUUAUCCUGGAAUCAGUUCUAACUUUUAUUAAAUGUUUUUGAUACAGCCUGUUUUCAACGUCUAUGAUAAUGCACUGACGUAUUCCAUGAUGAGACAACACAAAAGUGGGUUGUUGCACUUUUUCAUUCAAUGCUUUGAUGUAAUAAAGGUUUG